AUGCUUUCGCUGGACGCCGCACUCGAUGCCAGCAGUGAUGCCGAGGACACACCCGCCGGACGCGACGAGACGUCGAAAGAAUCCCGCCGCGGCGCGCUCGCGAAGACGCUCGAGACCGUAAGAGCCCGCCGUGAGACUUUGGCGCGCGAGACGUCGGCCACGCGCCGCGCCGUCGAGGCGGCGGCCGCCGACAAGGCGGAGGGCAGCGAUGCCGUCGAGCUGCCGCGCGCCGCACGCCUCGCAGCGCUGCGCGACGCAGCAGCGCGCAAGCGGAAGGCGCCGGCCGAGGACGGCACGCGGCGCAUACGAGUCACGCGCGACGCGAGGGGCGACGAGCAGCUCGAGCUGUGCGGUGCGCCGGCCGAGGGUGCCUCGUCGGUGGUCAUGAUGGCCUGGGAGCGGCCCUACAUGGAGGCGCUCGUCGACGCGCUCGAGGUCACGCCGGCGGAUACUGUGCUUGAGAUCGGCUACGGCCUCGGCUUCUCCUGCGCGGCGAUCCAGCGCCGCAGGCCGCGGCGCCACGUCGUCGUCGAGUGCGAUCCUGGAGUCCGCGCACGUAUUCCGGACGGCGCGGACGGCGUCGAGGUCGUUGCGGCGACGUGGCAGGCCUACCUCGCCGACGCCAAUGACAACUUUCCAAUCCAUGAGUUCUCGGCCGUAUUUUUUGACGACUUUCCCAUCGUCGCGACGCCGUCCCGCGGCAGCCGGUGGCGCAGCUUCCUCGAGGCCCUCGUACCGCACAUCGCGUGGGCCGCGCCUCCCCGGCGCGUCGUCGGCUACUGCUGCGACGCGGAGCGGCUGAGAGCGGCGCUCCCGGACGGCUACUGGCUCGAGCGCGCCACCCCCUUCGAGCUGACGCCGCCCGCCGACUGUCCCUACGUGUCCGAGGCCGCGGGCGACCGGUGCUUUGUCGUGGUUAUAGGCUUUGACCCCAACGGCGUCUACGAGCCGGGCGCUUGA